AUCUUUGGCUAAGCCACUGAUUUAACAAAAACGCGAAAUAUUUCUCCGCGAGCUUAUUUAUUGGGUGCGUUCCGUUUCACGGCGUGAAAUUCACGCAUGAAUCGCAUGAAAUGUAGCGCAUUGCAUUGGCUCGUUUCCUUUUCUCCAUCACUCUACUUCUCUACUGCGCAUAGAGAAAUGGAACAGACUCCUUUUCGCGAGCAAACAUAACCUAUAACAAAUUUUUUGCGCGCAAACAAUUGUGUAAAAGAUACAAACGCAAUCGUUAAUUCGAUUGUCUACCAAAGAGGGACCAGAUCGCGAGAAAGCUUCGCGAAGAUGGGCGAACGCUAUAAUAUUCACAGUCAAUUGGAACAUCUGCAAUCCAAGUACAUCGGCACAGGACACGCGGAUACGACCAAGUUCGAAUGGCUGGUGAAUCAGCACCGGGAUUCUUGUAGUUCGUACAUGGGUCAUUACGAUUUACUCAACUUCUUCGCGAUUGCCGAAAACGAAGCCAAGGCGCGAGUUAGAUUCAAUCUCAUGGAGAAGAUGCUGCAACCUUGCGGACCGCCACCCGAGAAGCCGGAGGACUAAAUCGCAUGUCCCUUUCUCGUGUUUUUUUCCAAGUGAUUAAAAAAAAAAACUGCAUUAUUAAUCGCACAAUUGUUGUUUUGAGGAAGAAUAAACUUGAAUGAAAAUUUCA